AAUCCAAAUCUCCCUUCCGAUUCAAGCUGGCUGGCCUUCGAACCACGACGACACUGGUACAUGAAUUUCAACUAUUCUACGUAUGAUGCAAUUUCCAUACCUGGCACACUGCAGCGCGAUUAUCGCUGGGAAUUGGUAUCGUUCUGGAAUAUAUACUUACCAUCGUUGGUGCAGUACAUGACGACAACAUUUUCGCCAUUUGAAGUGAAAAUUCGACGAGAAUUGGUAGCAUAUCAGAUGGCAACUGGUGUAAUUGUUUGUAUAUUAAUGGUUGCCCUCGUCCUAAUGUGCCUUUUUGCGUAUCUCUUGUUUGAGAGAAAUUCAAAAUUGUCUCGGAAGGAGUUUGAUUGUAAGCAGUUGAUUCGUAACACGGAUGGUGGCUACCCACCACGCCAUAUUAGUCAGACGGACGAAACGCUUUAUCGAUUGGUACCCACGACAUGUAAAAAGUUCGGCAGGAAAGCCAUGGAUGCAUUGGUGCGAUUCGUUAACUCGAUUAUAUGGAGUGUUGUGGAUGAGGCGAGCUCUGGGUAG